CGGAGCCCAGGCUGCCCGUCCCCUCCCGCCCGGCCCCAGCCGCGCGCUCGGCUCCGGCCGCGGAUGGCUCGGCCGCGCGUGCGGCUGGUGGUGACGGCGGACGACUUUGGCUACUGCCCGCGGCGGGACGAGGGCAUCGUGGAGGCCUUCCUGGCCGGCGCGGUGACCAGCGUGUCGCUGCUGGUGAACGGCGCGGCGGCGGAGAGCGCGGCGGAGCUGGCCCGCAGGCACCGGAUCCCCACGGGCCUCCACGCCAACCUGUCCGAGGGCCGCCCCGUGGGCCCGGCGCGCCCCGGAGCCUCGUCGCUGCUCAGCCCCGAAGGCUUCUUCCUGGGCAAGAUGGGAUUCCGGGAGGCGGUGGCCGCCAAGGAUGUGGCUCUGUCGCAGGUGCGGAAGUGCGGCUGCGGGAGGAGGACACCCCCACCCCAGGCUCCUCCCGCAGGGUGCGGGAGGAGCUGGAGGCCCAGCUGGGUCGCUUCCAGGAGCUACUGGGCAGGAAACCCACGCACGUGGACGGGCACCAGCAUGUGCACGUGCUCCCAGCGUUUCGGCCGCCCGCCCGCAGGCGUGUGCCAGGUGUUCGCAGAGGUGCUGCAGGCCCACGGGGUGCGCUUCACGCGUCUGCCGCUGGAGCGGGGCCUGGGAGACUGUACUUGGCUCGAGGCCCCUGCGCGCGCCUUCGCGUGUGCCGUGGAGUGUGAUGCCCGGGCUGCUGUGGGCCCCUUCUCCCGUAGUGGCCUAAGGUGGACGGAUGCCUUCGUGGGUCUGAGCACCUGUGGCCGGCACAUGUCUGCUCACCGUGUGUCGGGAGCCCUGGCUCGGGCCCUGGAAGGCACACCCACGGGUCACUCCCUGACGGCGGAGCUGAUGGCCCACCCCGGCUACCCCAGCGUGCCUCCCGCCGGAGGCUGCGGGGAGGGCCCUGACGCCUUUUCCUGCUCUUGGGAACGGCUUCACGAGCUGCGUGUCCUCAAGGAGCCGACGCUGCAGGCCCGGCUUGCCCAGGAUGGCGUGCAGCUCUGUGCCCUCCAGGACCUAGAGACCGGGUGAAGCCACUGGACAAACCUUCUGGAGCCUGCCCACCCAUGACCCUGACAGCCAAGGACUAAGGCCUUAGUGCUCAGGAAUGCGCCAAGGGUUGAGCUUUGGCACAGCCCACAACCAAACCCUAGCCGGGGUUCUGUGACUUCGCUGGCAGAACGAUGCCACCUCUUUGCCCAGGUCCUCAUGACUCAAGAGUGACAGCCAGAGCUUUGGCAGCCCUGUUGGCUGCGGUGGGUCAGUCAGUGUGAUACGCAGCAUGGGGCCUGCCAGACAUUUUGUGCUCUUCACGUUUCUACGUAAGCAUCGUCUUUGUGUAGGUGUGGUGGGGAGAGAUCACUAUAUUAAUAAAAUAAUGUGUCUUGUCAA